GACUUACAUUUGUGUUGACAGUUAGAGCUAGACAAAAUUUUAGACCCUUAGGCAUGCACACUCUCCGUUUCCGUUCACUGGUCACCUCCACGACCGCUUGGCUAAUCAGCCACCAUCGGUCCACCUGCGAGGGAGAUGGGACUGGGAUUGGCGACACGAUUCAGCCAUCCUGGGUCACGGACUGGGAUCAAGACCAUCCACACGCAGCCCAAGUGAGCCAGGGCCAGAAAUCGAAGUCCUCGCGACACAUCAUCCUGGUGAGGCACGGACAAUACGAAAAGGCGCCGACCAGCCCCGACCAUCUCACCGACCUGGGGCGCGAGCAGGCGAAGUGGACGGGAAAGCGUCUGCGGGAGUUCAACAUCAACUGGGACCAGGUGGUGGUCUCCACCAUGACGCGGGCCCAGCAGACAUCGGCGAUCAUACUGAAGGAGCUCGACGUAGAUCCCUGCAAGGUAGUCAAUAGCGACGAGCUGCGCGAGGGAGCUCCGUAUUUCGCAGACCCCCCAACGAAGAGGAGUCCGCCGAAGCAGGAGGAAGCUGUUCGCCGGGACGGACCACGCAUUGAGGCUGCCUUCAAGCACUACUUCUACCGUGCCCCGCCCGGCCAGGAGCGUGACACGUACCUCCUGAUCAUUUGCCAUGCCAACGUCAUCCGGUAUGUGAUCCUGCGUGCCCUUCAGUUGCCGCCUCAGGCCUGGACACGGCUGAGUCUCAACCACGGCUCUAUCACCUGGCUGACUGUGCGGCCAUCGGGCUACGUAUCACUCCGCUGCAUGGGCGACUCGGGCUUCAUGCCCGUCAAGGAGACCAGCACUUCCAAUCUCGUGUCGGUUAAAUCGUGUCCGUGUGGAUAAGGUCCAUUUUGCGAAAAUAUCACAUCAUUUGCAUCCAGACAAUGUACUAGUUUUACCCAAUACAGGCUCUCACUGGCCAGAAA